GAGACAACACACGACCAAACCUCUGCACAGCCGCUCCUGCCCAUCCUCGUGUUCCUGUGCCCGACCCAGACCAGACCAGAUCACAAAAGACAGAGACAGACAGACCAACAGAACGACCUCUGGGAGUCUCCGUCUAUCCGGCUACAUAGACUCAGGCCAAGUCAAGUCCUGGGACGUUGCCCGACUCACGCCGCCCCAUCGACAAGCCCUCCAAAUCAACCCCAGCCCUUCGUCGGAGACGAGCCCGGCCGGCAUCAGUCUCCCCUCUCCACCGGCCAGCAAGGGCUACGGCUCUCUUUCCGUACAUAGUGUCCCCAUCAUCUCCUUAAAAGAAGCCGCUGUCCCCAGCCGUGCCUGCCUGCCUGCCUCUCUGAGCAGUCGACAAGGACCCAAUCGAGACAUCCCCAGCUUGGCUUCUCCUCCGGUCGACCGCCCACUAUGCGACACAACCUGCCGUAGCACAACGCACACUUCCUGGUUUCGCCGCCCAAGCACAAUGGCAUCCGCGAGCCAACCUCACGUCUCCCCGCAAGCCGGGCUUGCGAGCCCUCCCCAACACUCGGUCUCCGCCUCCCAGCCCUCCAUUGCCCGGCCCCGGUCGGAGAAGAGCGACGAGUACUACUUGUUCCCCAAAGCGACCCGAGAUGACAGCGACCAGUACUAUUCAUUCCCUCGCAGCUCAUCCAUCUCGUCCAACACGUCUAUCCCCCCUACGCUGCCUUCGUUGUUAAAUGCCACCACCAACACCCCGGCAAAGCCGUCCAUGAAGGCUUUGGAGGCUGCUGCUUCCCUCUCGGCCUUGCUCUCGGAUCCCCAGCAGCUACACGAGAAAUGGGAAGAGCACCACCGGCGGAUACUCGAGGCGAUCCUCCCGGACAAGGGGUUCGAUUCCGUCACUAUCCAAUUGCCGGCAAGGACACGAUCACUCAACACCGCGGCGCCAAACACCCUAUCGGCAAGGAGCUCGACAAGGACCUCGGCAAGAAGAUUGCCUGUCCCUGCUGCCAACCUCAGCUCAACCCAGUGGUCAACCACGCCUGAAGAGCCCACCACUCCGUUGACAGAAGAUGCCCUGGCUGCGCUCAACGGCGCCACGAGCAGCCGAGAUAAUAAUAACACUCAUGAGUCGAGGUUAGCAACCAGGCCAUCUGGUUGGAGGCAGAAGGAAUCCAAGCCCACAGAGGAGCAAGUGGCUCAAGCGGCCGCUACUGUUGCGGCCAUUGCUGUCGGUACCGCGUCUGGCACCACGGGGGCCAUUGCCUCUGCCGCGGCAGCCGCGGCAGCCUUAUGCCAGGAGGAACAGAAGCUGUCCCGUCGAGAAGCAAAGAGCGCCUUCACUUUACUAUGCGUGGACGAUGACGUAAUAAGCUGCAAGAUCAUGUCCAAGAUCUGCGAGAAAUGGGGUCAGCCCUAUGAGACUGUCACGAGCGGCGAGCGGGCGUUGGAACUUUAUAAGCAGGCACCUGAGAAGUACAGAUGUAUCUUGAUGGAUAUCGUGAUGCCUGGACAAGAUGGAUUUCAAACAACUAAGAUGAUUCGAGAAUUUGAGGAGGCAUCCUGGACUAAGGACCCAGCGGAAGGGGGAAAUUCGGGUUCCUUUGUCGAGAAGCAAGAAGCCAACAAAGAACUGUCUGCGGACACUCAGCCUAGGCCAAUUCGACGAACAGUCAUCAUUGGUAUGGCAAUGCGCACCACCCCACCGCCUCCGAUGGAUGUUAUCAAGGAGACCGGUUUCGAUCUCGUUGUGGAAAAGCCGCUGCACCUACGACUUCUGAGCGAACUGCUAUUCAGUGGACCCGAGACAAACGCAGUGGCAGUGUACGGCGGGGUAGACCCAGAAAGCUUGAGACAGGCGGGCUACCCUCUACGCAUGCGACCUCUAGGAGCACCUCGGCGACCACCCUUAGAGAGUGUUUUUGGGUCGUCGUUUGGCUGAACCGUGAACCUUCAGUGGGAGCUGACGGCAUACAGCAAGUUGAACAAGAGGGAUCUCAGAGAACGAGAUUGAUACUUGGAACGAGACAACAUCGGGAAGGAUUUCCGGGCCAUGUGAUGAUUUGGGCGUUUCGUGUACAACUGCACACUAUGGCGUUUUUUGCUUGGGUGGGACCGGAUAUUUUGGGGCAUUGCAUUAGCGAAAGCAUAGGCAGCAUCACUACAUUAUAAAUUCAUGAAUAUGCAACACA